GGCGGCGGAGGAGGAGGAGGCUCGGGGGCCGGGGGCCGGGCUCGCUGGCGGUGGCGUCGGCAAGGGCGGCUGGGCAGCAGGGCCGCGGCGGCCCCCUCGCUCCCGCCCCCCGCCCGGGCCGGCCCCGUCUCCGUCUCCGUCUCCCGGGGCUAGGAUGCGCCCGCUCGUCCCCCGGCUCCGGCAGGCAGCAGCUCCCGGCCCGGAACGAGGCUGAGACACCCCCAACGGCGGCGAGUAUGGCCUCACAGCUGCAGGUGUUCUCUCCUCCAUCAGUAUCUUCGAGUGCCUUCUGCAGUGCCAAGAAAUUGAAAGUGGAGCCCUCUAGCUGGGAUGUUUCAGAACAGAGUAACAGUGACGAGUAUUACAGUCAGAGCAAAAAUCUCCCAGCAGCUCAAGGGCCAGCAACUUCCUCUCACCAGGUAGCAAACUUCAGCAUCCCUGCUUAUGACCAGAGCCUCCUUCUCCCUGCUCCUUCCGUUGAGCACAUUGUGGUUACAGCAGCGGACAGCACAGGCAGUGGUGGAACAACAUCCUUCCAAAAUAGCCAAGCCCUAACACACAGGGCUAAUAUUGCUUUGCUGGAACCAUAUCAAAAAUGUGGAUUAAAAAGGAAAAGUGAGGAGGUUGAUAGCAACGGUAGCGUGCAAAUAAUUGAGGAACAUCCACCUCUCAUGCUGCAAAACAGACCUGCGGUGGGUGCUGCGGCCACUACCACCACUGUGACAACCAAAACCAGUAGUUCUAGUGGUGAAGGAGAUUACCAGUUGGUCCAACAUGAGAUUCUUUGUUCCAUGACAAAUAGCUAUGAAGUCCUGGAGUUCUUGGGCCGAGGGACCUUUGGGCAGGUGGCAAAAUGUUGGAAGCGCAGCACGAAAGAGAUUGUAGCUAUCAAGAUCCUGAAAAACCACCCUUCUUAUGCCAGACAAGGGCAGAUUGAAGUGAGCAUUCUCUCUCGGCUGAGCAGCGAGAAUGCUGAUGAGUACAACUUCGUCCGUUCUUAUGAGUGCUUUCAACACAAAAAUCACACAUGCUUGGUGUUUGAGAUGCUGGAGCAAAACCUGUAUGAUUUCUUAAAACAAAAUAAAUUUAGUCCCCUGCCUCUGAAGUAUAUUCGGCCGAUUUUGCAACAGGUGGCAACUGCCUUGAUGAAACUGAAAAGCCUGGGUUUAAUACAUGCUGAUCUGAAGCCUGAAAAUAUCAUGCUGGUUGAUCCAGUACGCCAGCCAUACAGAGUGAAGGUCAUAGACUUUGGCUCUGCUAGUCAUGUAUCAAAAGCUGUGUGUUCCACUUACUUGCAAUCACGUUAUUACAGAGCCCCUGAAAUUAUUCUGGGUUUACCAUUUUGUGAAGCUAUUGAUAUGUGGUCAUUGGGCUGUGUGAUAGCUGAGCUGUUUCUUGGCUGGCCUUUAUAUCCAGGCGCUUCAGAAUAUGAUCAGAUUCGUUACAUUUCACAAACUCAAGGACUUCCAGCAGAGUAUCUUCUGAGUGCAGGAACGAAAACAAGCAGGUUUUUUAACAGAGAUCCAAACUUGGGAUACCCACUGUGGAGGCUAAAGACUCCAGAGGAACAUGAGUUGGAGACGGGAAUAAAAUCAAAGGAAGCACGGAAGUACAUUUUCAAUUGUUUGGAUGACAUGGCGCAGGUGAAUAUGUCUACAGACUUAGAGGGAACAGACAUGUUGGCAGAGAAGGCUGACCGAAGAGAAUAUAUUGAUUUGUUGAAGAAAAUGUUGACAAUUGAUGCAGAUAAAAGAAUUACUCCGCUGAAGACUUUGAACCAUCCCUUUGUGACAAUGAACCAUCUACUGGAUUUCCCACACAGCAACCAUGUGAAAUCCUGCUUCCAGAACAUGGAGAUUUGCAAGCGAAGAGUCAAUAUGUAUGACACAGUUAAUCAAAUAAAGAGCCCAUUCACAACACAUGUUGCACCAAACACAAGCACAAACCUCACCAUGAGUUUCAACAACCAGCUCAAUACUGUGCACCAUCAGGCUAGUGUUUUGGCUUCCAAUUCUACAGCUGCUGCUACUCUGUCUCUGGCAAAUUCAGAUGUUCCACUGUUGAAUUACCAGUCUGCUUUGUACCCAUCAUCUGCAGCACCAGUUGCUGGGGUGGCACAGCAAAGUGUUUCUUUGCAGCCUGGAACCACACAGAUCUGCACCCAGACAGAUCCAUUUCAGCAAACAUUCAUUGUGUGUCCUCCUGCCUUUCAAACUGGUCUUCAAGCAACGACAAAGCAUUCUGGGUUUCCUGUAAGGAUGGACAAUGCUGUUCCAAUUGUGCCACAGGCACCAGCAGCCCAGCCAUUGCAGAUACAGUCAGGAGUUCUUACACAGGGAAGCUGUACACCACUAAUGGUAGCAACUCUUCAUCCUCAAGUAGCCACCAUCACGCCGCAGUAUGCGGUGCCCUUUACUCUGAACUGCGCAGCCGGCCGGCCAGCGCUAGUAGAACAGACGGCUGCAGUACUGCAGGCUUGGCCUGGAGGGACCCAGCAGAUCUUGUUGCCUUCUACCUGGCAACAAAUUCCAGGUGUUGCCCUGCACAAUUCUGUCCAGCCUACAGCAGUAAUCCCAGAGACAAUUGGAAGCAACCAACAAUUGACUGACUGGAGAAAUGCCCAUUCGCAUGGGAAUCAGUAUAGCACCAUCAUGCAGCAGCCAUCUUUGCUAACAAACCAUGUGACUCUGGCUACAACCCAGCCGUUGAACGUUGGAGUGGCUCAUGUCGUGAGACAGCAGCAAAAUAAUGCUGUACCAGCAAAGAAGAACAAACAACCAUCCCAUAGUGGCACAAAGCCUACAUCUACAUUAGAGGCCAUCCCAUCUCAAGUCUACUCUAUCAUUGGGAGCAGUCCAUUGCGUACAUCUUCCUCCUCCAAUGCUGUCAUUCCAGGGCAGGAGCAGCAUCAGCCCAUUGUUAUUCCAGACACUCCCAGCCCUCCAGUCAGUGUAAUCACUAUCCGCAGUGACACUGAUGAAGAGGAGGAUAACAGAUACAAGCCUGGAAGCUUGGGCAUGAAGCAGAGAUCAAAUGUCAUCAGCUACGUUACAGUUAAUGACUCCCCAGAUUCAGAUUCGUCACUGAAUAGCCCCUAUGCAUCGGAUGCGCUCUCAACACUCAGGAGCUCUGGGGGUGCACUGGAGCCAAGCAGAGGAGCAGCUGAAAGUUCCAGCUCCCGUACCAUUAUUGUGCCUCUGAAAACACAGCUCAGUGACUGUAUUGUAGCCUCCCAGCCCUCAGGUGUCUUGAGUAGCCUGAACAAGACUAAGCCAGUGGCAUCCGUAAGUGGACAAACAUCAGGGUGCUGUAUCACACCAACAGGAUACCGGCAGCACCGGGUAGUGACAAACGGUGUACAGCCCCUCAACCUUAGUCAGAACCAGCAAGCAACUGUACUGGCCUCGCAGGAGAGAAGUGGAAACCCAGCUCCACGAAGACAGCAGGCCUAUGUUGCUCCCCUACCAACUACAAUUGCUCAGGCUCCAUACACGUUCCAGCAUAGUAGCCCUGUACAUCCCCAUUUGGCUGCAGCAACGGCAAGCCAGCCUCACAUGUAUACCUAUGCGCCUACUACUGCUGCUACACUGGGCUCCACCAACUCCAUUGCUCAUCUGUUUUCCCCUCAGGGCUCCUCCAGGCACACCACAUACACAACCCAUCCGAGCACUCUUGUGCACCAGGUCCCAGUCAGUGUGGGACCCAGCUUGCUAACCUCUGCCAAUGUAGCACCUGCUCAGUAUCAACAUCAGUUUGCCACCCAGUCAUACAUUGGCGCUUCCAGAGGAUCAGCUAUUUACACUGGAUACCCACUGAGCCCUACCAAGAUUAAUCAGUACUCUUACUUGUAGUUCUCAGAGCAGGAGUUGACAGCAAUUAUUCCCAACUUGAUCAUAGAAGUGAAGCGAUCUGCAGUAAGUUUUGCAAUAUUCUGACAGCUCCACAUCAGGAACUUGUGUGAAAUCAAAGGAUGAUGAUGGGGGACAUCUCCCUCUUCUUGACAGCUUCCUUUAUGUUCUCCACAGUUUGGUUAUACUGUUAGCGGAGCCCAGUUGUUUGGCGAGGGGAAGCUCAGCUUAUGACUGAGCAGAACCUUUUGGAUCACACUCACAUUAAGAUUUUAAAAUUAAUUUUUAUGGAUGCUUUUAAAACAUCAAAGUUCCAUAUCCAUUUAUUUAAAACUAUGGUUUUCAUGUUAAUCAGAGAGGAAAAGGAAAUCAAAGACUUUAUGAAAAGGCUGACUUUUUUUUUUUUAGAAAAAAUACUCUUAUACUUAACUAGUACUUGUCUAAAUUAUUUUAGCAGCUUGCACAAAUCCAUAUUGCCACUAAAAUGCACAUUUAACUCUAGGUUGCUAGGGCAGAUUUAUAAACUUGAGUUAGUAUUUUAAAGUUAAUUUUAUAAUUUACAUUCUGAAUAGGCAAUAGCUGAAUUCUGCAAAAGCAGUUAAUUCUCCCUCUGCCCCAAUAUAUAUGUAUGUAUGUUUGAGUGUGUGUGUGUGUGUGUAUAUAUAUAUAUAUAUAUUGCUCCCCAGUUUCUUGUUUUAAUUAUUUCCUUUUAAGGCUAGUGUAGCAAAUUUUUUUCCUUUCCCACUUAAAACAUGAAUCUUUGUUUUUGCCCCCUUGUAAAGAGGAAUCUCUACAAUGAGAUUUUUUAAAAUGACUGCAGAUGCUAUGACUUUGCUUUUUAUGUAUGUAAGAUAACAGUCUGUGAUAUGGUUUGACUGUUUUGGCCAGAAAAUGGUUGUUCUCAGUUGGGAACACAUAGGCCUGCAUUAUUCCUUUGAUGACCGAAGCUACUGGGAACUUCUUCUGAUAAGGCCUCAUUGGAAUGAACAGGAGAUAUGCAUAUCACCUGUCUCUCUCCAAAGACUUGAUCUGGAAUAGAGGCCUCGUAAAUGAUAACUUUUCCAGUUUUAACUUUUUUACACGUACAGAGCUGGAUUCCUUUCCUGGAAAUGCAAGGACCUCCUUCCCAUCAUGUCUUUUUGUUGCAUGGUCCAUUUAGCUGAGGAAUCCAAAAUUCACCAAAACAGCAACCCACAGAUAUAUACAUUUUUUAAAUAUUCCUGCAAGCAGAUCCCUCCGGUAUUUUGCUGGCAAAAAACUUUUAAAGCGCUCUUAUUAAGACUUGUAUACAGUAUGUGCAUGUAGGAAUUGCAAAAACAUGACACACAAUUGCUGAUUUUAAAGGUUUAUUACUAAAUUUAAAACUAUUUUAGAAGUUUUGUAAUGGUGGUGUUUUAAUAUUUUACAGAAAAUGAAAUAUGUACAUAUUGAUUAGAACAAAAUACAGUAAGCAAAAUUUCCUGCAAAUCCCAAAUGUUCUGUCUUUGUAAUCAAAAUGUGUAGUGAUUAUACUUGAACUCUGUACUUAGUGUUUGUCUAAUUCUUAAAUGUUUCUGGAGUUGAGAUUACUCUAUUUCUUUGUAUUUAAACCAAAAUGAGUUGAUACAUGUUGGAAUGUAUGUGAUAUAAUGCAAUCGUCUAGAGCUCAUCACUGUAGCACUGAGAGAGAGAAAAAUUGGAGCCACAUGAGAAACAAGGAUACCUUCUGAUUUGUUUUGCACAGGUAUGUGUGACUGGUGUGUUCCUUCCACCCCCAACCCAUAUUGUAGUGCCUUAAUGAUUAUGUAGUGUGACUAGAGUUUACAGUGAGCUUGCCUUAUGAUGGACCAGCAAGCCCCUCCACUUUCCGUCAAACUGAAGCAAUUCAUUGAGCAUAUCCAACUGAGGAUAGAAAUAAGUGGCAAAAACAUGUUGCUUUAAGUUGCAAUGCCAAUAUGAAAUGAGCUGUGGGCAUGAUCCAGCCAAAGCUGCGUACUUUUAAAGUCCCAUUGCUCUCAGCUACAAGGUUAAGAACAUGCUUAACUGGUCCCACUGAAGCCCAUGGCUCAGUUCAUACAUCAAGCCAGUCCAUGGUUUAAAGUAACUAUAGUUUAAAACACAGACCAUGGUUUCAGUUUUCAAAUAUACUCUAGCUAAACCAUGGUAUGUGCUACUUGUCUGCUUUUGUUUUUUAUUCCCUCCAAGUAAUCAGAUUUAUGUGUUGUUGGUCCUUCCUAUAUGAAGCAGCAGUCCUGGGAGGUUAUAGUUUGUUAAACAGUAUGGCAUACUGUAAUUAGCACAAACCCUGGUUUCUUUAAAUCAUGGUUUCUGAUUUUUGGUUUACUGGUCAAUUAUAAACCAUUGUUUGAUAGUGCAAACAUUAUGCCAUAGUUCUUAAUCUUCUUUAACUGUGGUUUGGUAAGAUGUCAUAAUUGAGUCUGUGAAACCUAAAAGUACUUCAGUCUAGGUGGAAUUUGUCCUAGGUGUUUUUUGUUUUUUUUUUGGAGUAAAGCUUUUUUUUCUUAAAAUGUUACCUACAUUAUUAGCUGUCAACACAUCUUUAAUAGGGUAUUGUGCUGGGAAUGCAUUAGGAAAUUUAUCUGAUGUUGCAGAGGUGAUGAAACACGUGCAAUUACUUUUCCUUAGAUUAUAUUGUAACAUUAUCUCUCCCCUCCCUUGUCUGUAGCAGAUAUUCCUUAUAAAGUAUUACUAGCUUGGUGUUAAGAACUUUUAUACCAAAGAGAGCCUGCUGGAAAGCACAUAAUAUUCUGAAGUUUCAUUUAACACCACUAGUAAGAUGUGGCGCUUUUGGGAAGGUAGCACCAGAUAUUUGAGAGCUGUAGCACCACUGGCCUGCUGGUGGUGUACAUUUAAAUGCUUCUUUUACUGGGUUUUGUCAAGCUGUUGCUUGCAGCACUGCCAUUAUGCAGAGAAUGAUUUUGGCCAAAUGGAGAAUAAACUGGCUUGGAGAGUGGUAUUGCUACAGCAAUAAAAGAUUUUAACUGCCUUGAACCCCCAGUUUGUAUUCCGUCCAGUCUGGAUAAUAAGAUUAAUUUUGGUACCUUGCAGAGAAUUCAGAAAUGCCAAACUCAUUUCUACAACAUACAUGUUAAUAUGCUAUAGCCUAGCCCCAAUGUGAACAGCUUGUCCAGGGCAAUAAUGCUGGCCCCACCAAAGUCAGGCAAGGGACUUUACUAAUAAUUUCAGUGAGGUCAAUGGAUGAUAAAUUAACAUCCCAAAUAGGACUAGUUUAACCACAAGCCUUACAGGUUCCUAUAUAAUGAGGCAUCUGUUGUCUUUGGCAAUAGACAAAUAUGGCAGGUUAACAUCAAGACUGGCUGUGAACCUUUGUUUAUUGUAUCCUUGCUCUGUUUUAAUCUCCUCUGUAUUGAUGUGAGGAUAACCAAGGAAUUUCAGUUUACAUCAGUGGUGUCAACAAUGCUUUCUGUUGCUGUAACAUUAUCAAAAUGAUUUUCUGCUUAGUGCCAAGCCCUUUAAAAAAAUUCUCCCAGACUGGUUUUUGUGCCAGUCCACACCAUAGAAAUCCUGGAAAUAUAUUUUCCUAAGUUUACAGAAUUUCCAGUGUAGACAAACCUUCCAAUAAAUUGUUUGGGAGAAAAAUACAAAAUAAUGGUUUUAAAAUUCUGGAUUUAAUAUGUUUCUCUUCACAUUUAGCUCUUCAGAGUCAAUUUACCCCUAUUGAGUCAUGGCUCCCUUGGUAGCUUAGGAAGCAUUUUUCUCAAAUGGAAAAAUUGGAGUUCAUCAGUGUUAUGUGAUAGGAACAUUUCUUUUAGAAAUAGUUUCUUAAGGUCUAGAUUCUAACCCCUGUGUUGAUUUGCUGCAGAAGCCAGUUGACUCUGUAGCUCUGGAACCAGCCAAAUACUAUGAGUACUACCCUAUUAAGAUCCCAUCAUCAAAAAAUGGGAUGAGGUGGCAAAUGUAUGAGACUGCAAGUGGAGUUUAUAGCAUGGAAUUUUCUGCCAUCUCAAAAAAAAGUUAAUCCCUUCUACAUAAAUGAAGAAAAAGAAAAUGUGUAAAGGUAAUACUAUUCUCCAAAUCUAGUUUCCUGUAUACAGUAAUUAUUGUUUUUGUGUGGCAGAAUGUUGUCAUGUCAGCCCUUGGUUUCAUGGAAUAGUGAUACUCAUUUGCCAUCUCAUACAUUUUUUGUGAGAAUAAGGCUUUAGGCAACCUGUUCUCCCAGUGUAUAUCCCAGCUUGCCUCACUGUGGAUGGAGAGAUGUAAUAUGUUACAAAGCCUCACAGCUGUGCAGCCUAUAUAUAAAUGAACAUACUUUUUGUGCACAGAUUUUUUUAAAAAAGAAAAACCACCUUUCUGAAGCAAUCUAGACUAAUCAUGCCAUUCUGAGGUUGCAUUUUUGCAAGCAGCUGAAUGUAUGUGCAAGACCCAAUGAAAUCUGAGACUUGCAUAUGUGGCGCUGUGUUCAGUUCUGCAGCUUGGGUUUGUCUGCAGUAAACUUGCCUUUUUAUAAUGAUGAGAGAAAAUGUUUCACCUAGUCACUCUAGUGAUUAGCUAAACCAGUUAAUGUUGUUCUUCAUAACUGAAUCCUCACCUCACAGCUGUUGAUAUUCCACUGCAAAAGCAACUUCAGAGCUUUACUGUUUGCACAGUUGACCAGUGAAGUACUUAUACCUCUGACUCAAUUUUUUUCAAAAAACAAAACAAAUAAAUUGCUUCUAAGUGACUGGGAUUGGCACAGCCCUGCUUUCUUAUUUUAAUUUUUAACUUAUGAAUGGUGCCGCAUGUUGACAUAGUUGUUUGUUUGUUGCUAAACUUUAUAUAAUGUGUGAUUUCAGAUUCAGCUUGAACUAUUAUCUAACUCACUACAUGUAGCAGUGCAUUAUAUGUAAUGUUAGUAUUUCUGCUUGAAUCCUUGAUAUUGCAAUGGAAUUCUUACUUUAUUAAAUGUAUUUGAUAUGCUAGUUUACUGUGUAGAAUUUAACUUUUUUCUGGUUGUGCUCUUCCUUUUUACAAGCCGCUAGAUAAAGGUAGUUUCUGACAAUUACUGAUCUAUGUUUGUAUUGCCAAUGUACUUAGGGGGUAAUGUAAAAAUCAUUUUAACAAAAGGAAAUACAGAUAUUUAAAAAAUUUAAUACUAACUAUAUGGGAAAAGGGUCCAUUGUGAAAACAUAGUUUAUCUUUGGAUUCAAUGUUUGUCUUUGGUUUUACAAAGUAGCUUGUAUUUUAAGUAUUUUCUACAUAAUAUGGUAAAAAUGUAGAACAAUUGCAAUGCAUCAAUAAAAAGGGUUAAUUUUCUGUACUCUA